AUGGCUAGACGGGUUUUUGACGAGAUGGGUUUCCGGGAUGUUGCUACGUGGACUAGUUUGGUUACUUGCUAUGCUAAUGGCAGGUUGAUCGAGUCAGCGCGUCAUGUUUUCGAUAGGAUGCCGAAGAGAAGUGUUGUUUCUUACAGUGCUAUGAUCACGGCGUAUGUUAGGCGGAACCGGUUUAAAGAUGGGGUUUUGUUGUUUAGGGACAUGUUGGGGUCGAAAAUGGAACCGAAUGAUUCGACGAUAAUGAGUGUGCUCUGUGCUUGUGCUAAUUUAGGGGAUCUUAAUUUGGGUAAGUGGGUUCAUUCCUAUAUAAGUGAAAGGAAAAAGAACCAAUUUGAUGGCAGGAUUAUUACCGCUUUAAUAGAUAUGUAUUUCAAAUGUGGAAGCAUAAAGAAGGCGCUAAAGGUGUUUGAGGGAGCUAAGGAGAAGCAUGUGGGCGAAUGGACGGCUAUGUUAUCUGGAUUAGCAAUGCAUGGUCUUGGCACUGAACUGAUUGAAGCAUUUGAAGAGAUGAUCAGCUCUGGAGUAAAACCCAAUGGUGUAACAUUUGUAGCCCUUCUGUCUGGGUGCACCCAUUCUGGACUAGUAAAUGAAGGGAAGAGAUAUUUUGACCGAAUGACUAUUGACUUUGGGAUUGAACCAACUGUAGUACACUUCGGUUGUGUAGUCGAUCUUCUUGGUCGAGCAGGAUUCAUUGAACAAGCCGUUAGUUUUAUUAGGGAUAUGCCUGUCGAGGCUAAUGCUGCAAUCUGGGGUGCUCUUCUUACUUCUUGUAGAGUCUAUAAGAAUGUCGAAGUUGGGGAAUUAGCUGCCCGGUGGCUAAUAAGUGCUGAGCCGUGGAAUGGAGCUCUUUAUAUGGUUUUGUUAGGUUUGUACAGGGAUGCCGGGAGGUGGGAUGAUGUGGAGAAAGUAAAGGAGGAAAUGAAGAAGGUUGAUUGCAGAAAGAACCCUGGUUGUAGCUCAAUUGAAGUGAAUGGGAUUUGUCGUGAGUUUGUGGUGGGAGAUAAAUCACAUCCUCUUACAUUUGAAGCAUGCUUGACUCUUGCUAAUGUUAUUGCGGAAUUUGAUUAUAGAAGAUUGUGGACACUUUUCUCCAACAGUAGCUACUGCCGCUUGAAUUUGGUUGCACGAGUUACGGGAACUAUUGACUCUCACUCCGAUAAUUUCAGUGAUGAGAGAUCAUUGGAACCGAAAUCCUGCAAACCUGAUUCCACAACGAUUCUCCAUGAGAUUUGGGAAACGCAAAUGAAGCUCCAACUUAGGGAUUUUAUUGGUCAAACUGAGAAUCCAACAAUUUGCUCCUCAUGGAUUUUAAGUUCGAAAUCACUUGUUAUUAGUGGUAGAUUGGGGGAGGUGGAACUAUUUGAUGGUGAUCCACCUGUAGAGACUUUGUCCCGGUCCCCGGCCUUUGUUUUUGGUUAA